AUGAAUUCUCUCAACAAACCAAUCGCAAAUGAAACUUCUAAAGAUGAAAAUUUUUCCAAUACCCGAUGCCGAGGACGAGGAUAUUUAAUAAAAAUGAUGGGAAACCACAGUUCUGAAAAACCUGGGAAUUUAUCAUCAUCAAUAUUGCCCACAGAAAAUAUGAAGAACAAUGUUGUAGUGCAUAACCAAGACCUUGUUAAAAAUUCUAGUUUUUCAGACUGUGAAUAUAUUUAUGAGAUCCCUGCGAGAUCAACUUAUAUUCCACCUGAACCCAAUGAAAAUGACAUAUCUAUUUAUGAUGACGGAAUCAGUUCUGGUAUAAAUUUUGAAAAAUUCAAUGAUAUUGAAGUGAAGGUGACCGGAAAAAAUAUACCUGAAGCUAUUGAAAGCUUUAAUCCGUUGAACAAUAUACCAGAACAGUUAAUGGAGAAUAUUAAAAUGUGUAAUUUUGUGAAACCGACUCUUAUACAAAAAUAUUCUAUUCCUAUUAUUUUAUCUGGUAAAGAUUUAAUGGCCACUGCUCAAACUGGUUCAGGAAAAACGGUUGCUUAUGUUUUACCAAUUAUACAAAAAUUGCUCAUGGACCCACGGAUAUUAGUAAAAGAUAGAAAUCAUAGUGAACCCCAAGUUGUUAUAAUGGCACCUACGAGAGAAUUGGCUGUUCAAAUUAAAAUGGUUGUGUUGAAAUUAACAAGAGGUACUGGAAUUUCAUCAUUAGUCUGUUAUGGUGGAACUUUAGUCAGUCAUCAAAAAAAUCAAAUUCUUAAAGGUUGUCACAUACUUGUAGCUACUCCUGGUAGAUUAAAUGAAUUUGUUCAGCAUGGUUUCAUAACAUUUUCAUCUGUGAGAUUUUUUGUGUUGGAUGAAGUUGAUAAGAUGUUAGACAUUGACUUAAAACCGGAUAUUGAUAAAAUUUUAGAUCACUUUUCAAUGCCGUCUAUUAUGGAUAGACAGACAAUUAUGUUGUCAGCAACUUUACCAGAUGCCACUCAGAAUUUAGCAAAAUUCUAUUUAAAUAAAAAUUAUAUAUUUUUAGCAGUUGGUAUUAUUAGUAGCGCUUCAAAAGAUAUAAAACAAACCUUUUGCUUGGUUAAUAGAUUCAAUAAACUUGACAUUUUAUUCAGUAUUUUAAAAAAAGAUUCAGUAGGAACUAUAGUAUUUGUAAAACAGAAAUGGACAGCAGAUUUCCUGGCUACAUAUCUAUGCGAAAAGCAUAUUCCAUCAACAAGUAUACAUGGUGAUCGAUUACAAGAUCAGAGAGAAAUUGCUUUAAAUGAUUUUCGUAACAGAAAGAUGAAUGUACUUGUAGCAACAACUGUAGCAGCAAGAGGAUUAGAUAUAAAAUGUGUGAACCAUGUACUUAAUUAUGACAUGCCUCUGGAUAUUGAAGAGUAUGUGCAAAGAAUUGGGCGUACAGGUAGAAUAGGAAACAAAGGAAUUGCUACAUCUUUAUUUGAUCCUGAUGAAGAUUAUCUUUUGGUGGAUCAAAUUAUAACAAUUCUUGCAUCAGCAAAUCAAGAAAUACCUAAUUGGUUACUUAAACUUGGACGAGAAGCCAGAUAUAAUAAUGCUAAUGAUGAUUUGGAUAAAUUUGGAGGCUCAGAUAUAAGAAUUAUAUCAAAUUCAGUCGACGAAUGCGAAGAAUGGUGA